UGCUCGGAGAAUACAACUUCUAUAUUUAACUGUAUUGGUUAAUAGAUAAGACAAUUCUACAAAAAAAAGAAAACUGACAGCUGACAUCAACGUACAGACAGCUAUCAAAAAUCAAAAUGACUUGUAGCUAGCUUCUCUUCCUUUUUAAAUUUUGUAGACAAGAUGGAUGCAAAAAUUAUCAAAUCAGGCGGGGCUGACCCCGAUGCUUUUGAAAACCAAGUUGCUCAAGCUUUGCUUGAGUUAGAAAUGAAUUCUGAUUUAAAAGCUCAGCUUAGAGAAUUGCACAUUACUAAAGCCAGGGAAAUUGAAUUGAAUAAUAAAAAAUCAGUUAUUAUCUACGUCCCUAUGCCCAAACUGAAGCAAUUCCAGAAAAUCCAGACUAGGCUUGUACGUGAACUGGAAAAGAAAUUUAGUGGCAAGCAUGUAGUAUUUGUAGGUGAACGUAAGAUUCUCCCUAAACCUACUAGGAAAACCCGUGCCUCUAACAAGCAAAAGAGACCACGAUCUCGUACACUAACAUCAGUGUAUGAUGCUAUAUUAGAGGAUCUUGUGUUUCCUGCUGAAAUUGUAGGUAAAAGAAUUCGUGUUAGAUUGGAUGGAUCCCAACUAACUAAAGUUCACCUUGACAAAAAUCAACAAACUACUAUUGAACAUAAGGUGGAUACUUUUGCAUCAGUUUACAAGAAACUUACUGGCAGGGAAGUAACAUUCGAAUUUCCAGAACCGUAUUUGUAAAUGAGUUUAUUUAAUAAAUAAUUCUAAAAUUUGAUUUUCUUUUUUUUUUUUUUUUUUUUUUUUGUAUAAAACUUAAUCAAUAUAUUUAACUCGGUAAUGGUGAAAAAUUAUGAAUUAAAAACAAUCAACAUUUAAUUUAAAUAAAAAAAAUUUAAUCGUUAUUGUUGAAAAUUCGAUAAGGAAUAAGGAUAGGAUAAGGAAC